AAUUUCCCACAGCUGUUAUUUCACGUCCUUUUGUGUAAAUUGGGUGGUAGCUCUCUUUGUUGUUUUGGUUCCUAGUUGUCUUCUUCUUUCCUCUCUCAAAGCCUUUCUCUGUUUUUACUGUCAACUGUUUGAAAAACUUUGUUCGUCUUGUAGCUUUUAGGUGGUCGGGGAGUUGGCUCAACACACGAGGCUAAUCUAUUCUGCCUUCUUUCCCUUUCUUUCUUUUUCUUUCAUUCUGCAAAGCUUAUUUGCCCUUCCAUGCUCCAUCAUUUUAUCAGACACCAACUUUUUGUUUAUAUUCUGCUCUCCAUUCAUUUACUCAAACCACCCACUUCUUUGUUUAUAUAUCAACUUACUGCAAUCUCUUUGAUCUCAUUUUGCACCCUCUCAUGGUCUGUUCUGUAAAGUUUUGCACUGACUUUAUGUAGCUUAGAGCCUUUCUAUUGUUCUCAUCAAAACAAAAUGGUUUGCAGCCACAGUUUCAUAGUUCCCCAGAGAGCUUGCCAUAUUCUCCUUUGUUUUCUCUUGAUCUUAACCACGACCCAAGCUAGAUACAAAGCUGAAGGUAAACCAAAUCCCAUAUCUGAUAAGAGAGUAGUAAAUGAAGAAAAGGCGAUGGUGUUGAGUGGUCAGAUAGGUUCAAGGCCGCCAAGAUGUGAGAGAAGAUGCAGUACAUGCGGUCACUGUGAAGCCAUUCAAGUGCCUACAAAUCCCCAACUCAGAAUUCAAAACAAGCCUUCUUCAACUUCAGUCUCUGAUGUUGCUUAUGCAAGAAGAGAUGACAGCUCUAAUUACAAACCCUUAAGUUGGAAAUGCAAGUGUGGCAACUUCAUCUUCAACCCCUGAACAUAAAUUAUCCAUCUUUCAACCUUGUAAAUCUGCAUAAGAGAAUUACAUAUUUCAUCGGUUCAGUUAGUUUUCUUGUCUCAUUUUUUUUUCACUGUUAUUUGACAUAUUAGAUGCUCCCUGGACCGUAUAUUAGAACAAGGUUUGUAUAUACCUUUAUUGAUAAGAUUUCUUGGGCAAAUCGUCA